AUGAAUCGAUUGUUCCAGAAGUACUUGUUGCUGAAAGGAAAACCAGGCCAGGCUCAGCAGACAGAAGAUGUCAGGCACAAGAACAGUACCAGCAAGGACCCAACUCAAGCUGGCAAGUCCGUUUCUUCUACAUUGACAUUGACCCAGAUGAUGGGAGCUUCUAAGGGAGAUGACUCUGAUGGAAAUGAGAAGGCUACAAAUGACCUAGCUACCUCAUCCAAGGAUGCCUACUACAGCGUGGUCAGCUCUCCCAUGACUAUCAUACACCCUCUACACGGCUGCUCAGACCCACAUGGCCUUUCUCGCACCAUUGAGGAGAUACAGCCCAAAUAUGUUGUCCUGUACGAUGCUGAUAUAAGUCUGGUCAGACAGUUGGAGGUGUAUAAAGCCAGUAGACCAGGCCGACCUCUCCGCGUUUACUUCCUGAUGUACAAAGGAUCAGUGGAAGAGCAACGAUACCUCACCACUCUUCGUAAAGAGAAAGAAGCUUUUGAAUACCUCAUUAGAGAAAAAGCGACGAUGGUCGUGUCAGAAGAACAAGAUGGCAAGACUGAUGAUGAUCCCAGUUUGGCUCGGGGUCAAGUUCCCAGUGUGGGGUCAAGUUCCAGACAUGGAGGAACUGAGACAGUUCAACAACGGGUGAUUGUGGACAUGAGAGAGUUUAGAAGUGAGUUACCUUCCCUGAUUCACCGUCGCGGUAUCGAGAUUGAGCCUGUCACGAUAGAGGUUGGAGACUACAUUUUGACACCUGACAUUUGUGUGGAACGUAAGAGUGUCAGCGAUCUGAUUGGCUCCUUGAACAACGGCCGCCUCUACCAGCAAGCCUUGUCCAUGUGCAGGUUUUACAAGAGACCUGUCUGUUGA